UCAGUGCAGAGGUUGCGCCGACAGGAGAGACAACGCGAAAAAUGAAGUUUGUGGCUUAUCUUUUUUGUUUGGUCCUUCUGACCUCACUGACGGCAGAUGCAUCUCCAGUCAUCAAAGAGAGCUUAGCCAAGCAGCUUCUCCGCACCAAGAGGCAGAAGGCUGGACACCCUGAUGAGCCGAUGAGGGAACACAUGUUGCAUAUGCAGAGACUGGAGCAGAGGGCCCGCGAGACUAACCUGGAACACUGGCUCAACCCUCACUGCUUCCCACGCUGUGACCGCAACUAUGGCUACCCAGUCUAAGCGUCUGAUCUCACGGCGAAAACGACGACGACUGGAGCCAAUGUAACGAUAGAUGAUGCUGACGGAAAGGAGAGAGAUGAAGUCUGGAGACAGUCACCUGACUCAUUGAGAUGUCCGCUGACGGCCUCUACGGGGAAUUUGCAAUCCUUAAAUAAAUAUGGGUCAACUUUUGUCAUCAGCUAGCCUUUAACAUUUGCAGAUAGGCCGUAUUGGCUCUUGAUGCAAUAGACCUUCAAUUCUG